AAUGACCCAGGCUGAGAAAGGGGACACGGAAAACGGAAAAGAAAAGGGCGGAGAGAAGGAGAAGGAGCAGCGCGGUGUGAAGCGUCCCAUUGUGCCCGCGCUGGUACCGGAAUCGUUGCAAGAGCAAAUCCAGAGCAACUUCAUUGUCGUCAUUCAUCCAGGGUCAACAACUCUGAGGAUCGGUCGAGCGACAGACACACUGCCUGCCAGCAUUCCUCACAUCAUUGCACGGAGACAUAAACAACAAGGGCAACCCUUAUACAAGGACAGCUGGCUACUACGGGAGGGAUUAAAUAAACCUGAAAGUAAUGAACAAAGACAAAAUGGCCUUAAAAUGGUGGAUCAAGCCAUAUGGUCUAAAAAGAUGUCCAAUGGUACAAGACGGAUUCCUGUGACCCCUGAACAGGCACGCUCCUACAACAAGCAGAUGCGACCUGCAAUUUUAGAUCACUGUUCUGGAAAUAAGUGGACAAGCACAUCUCAUCACCCAGAGUAUUUGGUAGGAGAAGAGGCCUUGUAUGUUAAUCCUUUGGAUUGUUACAAUAUUCACUGGCCCAUUAGAAGAGGUCAGUUAAAUAUUCACCCUGGACCUGGGGGCUCCCUAACGGCUGUUCUGGCAGAUAUUGAAGUAAUAUGGUCUCAUGCAAUACAAAAAUACUUGGAAAUCCCACUAAAAGAUUUAAAGUAUUAUAGAUGUAUCUUGUUAAUUCCUGAUAUCUAUAAUAAGCAGCAUGUGAAAGAAUUAGUGAAUAUGAUCCUAAUGAAGAUGGGCUUUUCAGGUAUUGUGGUCCACCAGGAGUCUGUGUGUGCCACCUUUGGAAGUGGCUUAAGCAGCACGUGUAUUGUAGAUGUUGGGGACCAGAAGACAAGCGUAUGCUGUGUAGAGGAUGGGGUGUCUCAUCGCAACACUCGGCUCUGUCUGGCUUAUGGGGGAUCUGAUGUGUCUAGAUGUUUCUACUGGCUCAUGCAGCGAGCUGGAUUCCCAUACAGAGAAUGCCAGCUAACCAACAAAAUGGAUUGCCUUCUUCUGCAGCACCUUAAAGAAACGUUUUGUCAUUUAGAUCAGGAUAUAUCUGGGCUUCAGGACCAUGAAUUUCAGAUACGACAUCCUGAUUCCCCAGCCCUGCUUUACCAGUUCCGAUUAGGAGAUGAGAAACUUCAGGCUCCAAUGGCUUUGUUCUACCCAGCAACAUUUGGAAUUGUGGGACAGAAAAUGACAACUUUGCAGCACAGGUCCCAGGGUGAUCCCGAGGACCCUCAUGAUGAACAUUACCUACUGGCCACUCAGAGCAAGCAGGAACAGUCUGCAAAAGCUACUGCUGACCGAAAGUCUGCAUCCAAGCCCAUUGGAUUUGAAGGAGAUCUUCGUGGCCAGCCCUCUGAUCUUCCGGAAAGACUCCAUUCCCAGGAGGUGGAUUUGGGAUCCUCCCAGGGAGACUGUCUGAUGGCCGGCAAUGAUUCCGAGGAGGCUCUCACUGCACUGAUGUCCAGAAAGACUGCCAUCUCGCUCUUUGAAGGGAAAGCCCUGGGCCUAGAUAAAGCGAUCCUUCAUAGCAUAGACUGCUGUUCAUCUGAUGAUACCAAAAAGAAGAUGUACAGUUCCAUCCUGGUGGUGGGAGGUGGUUUGAUGUUUCAUAAAGCUCAAGAAUUCCUGCAGCAUAGAAUACUCAACAAAAUGCCACCUUCAUUCAGGAGAAUUAUUGAAAAUGUGGAUGUGAUUACAAGACCUAAGGACAUGGAUCCCCGGCUGAUUGCAUGGAAAGGAGGGGCAGUAUUAGCUUGUUUAGACACGACACAGGAACUGUGGAUUUAUCAGCGAGAAUGGCAGCGGUUCGGUGUCCGCAUGUUACGAGAGCGAGCUGCCUUUGUGUGGUGAGAUGGAGAAAGUUAUUUGAAGACAAAAACCCUCAUGCCUUCAUGGUGUAAAAGGCUGACAGAAUAUGCGUAUUUUAACGUCAUUAGCCUCAGUGGAAAAGAAAUUAAUUCCAACCUUAUUUUGAGAAUAAGACAUUGAUUUGAAAUUUUAACCUGCUUUUGUACUCAGGACAAUUAAGAAUAAAUCCAAAUUUACUCUUCACUUAUAUACUCUCCUACUCCUUUCUCAGGAUCUUAUAAAUCCUCCAAAGAUGUCACAUGUUGCUGUUGAACAGAUCUCAUGUGUUGAAGUCAUCAUUAAGUU